CUAAGCUUUGAGCCAAUCAGUGAAUCAGAUUGAAGAUCGUAGUGGGGACUGUUAAAGAAAUACAGGCAGGCGAAUUACGUUCAUACGAAUAUUAGACCUUCAAGUGUCAACAUGGCUGAUUAUAAAGUUGGGAAACUUAUCAAUGAAGGAAAAACAAAGAAGAUUUACAAUCUUUUAAAUGAUCCUACAUUAUGUUUAUUGGAAAGCAAGGAUCGCAUCACUGCUGGCGACGGCGCAAAGUCUCAUGAUUUAGAGGGAAAAGCAACAAUUAGUACCUCUACUACUGUAAAAGUCUUUCGAUUGCUUAAUCAAGCUGGUGUUAAGACAGCUUAUGUUAAACCUGCAGGUCCAAAAUGUUUCAUAGCAAAAAAAUGUAACAUGAUACCAAUUGAAUGGGUUACCAGAAGACAGGCAACCGGUAGCUUUUUAAAAAGACAUCCAGGAGUGCCAGAGGGUUACAGAUUCAAUCCACCUCUCCAGGAAACAUUUUAUAAAGAUGAUGCUAAUCAUGAUCCACAGUGGUCCGAUGAGCAAAUUAUUACUGCAGAUUUUAUAAUGGGUGGCGUAAAGAUAACAAAAGAUGAAGUGGAUAUUAUGAAACGUAUUACUCUAGUUGUUUUUGAAAUUCUUGAGCGAGCUUGGGCUGUGCGUAAUAGUGCUUUGAUAGACAUGAAAAUAGAAUUUGGUGUGGAUUCAGAUGGAGAGAUUUUAGUUGCUGAUAUUAUUGAUAGUGAUUCCUGGAGACUCUGGCCUUCUGGAGAUAAGAAAUUGAUGAAAGACAAGCAGGUGUACAGAGAUUUAUCCAAUGUAACACAACAAAAUUUAGAAACAGUAAAACGUAAUUUUAAAUGGGUGGAAGAGCAACUGGAUUAUAUUAUUGAAGCACCUAGUCCAUUAGUUGUUAUAUUUAUGGGCUCUCCCUCUGACAAAGCGUUUUGCCAAGAGAUUGCAAAACAUGCUACAGCAUUGGGUCUGAAACCACAACUUCGAGUCUGUAGCGCUCAUAAGGGUACUCUGGAAACUUUAAAUAUUGUCGCCGAAUAUGAAGGCAGCGGAGAAAAUGUGGUACUGAUAGCUGUAGCCGGUCGUAGCAAUGGCUUGGGUCCAGUGCUCUCCGGCAAUACUGUCUUGCCGGUCAUAAAUUGCCCCCCUCUGAGAUCAGACAAUAUCGAACGAAGCAUAUGGUCAUCGCUUGACGUUCCCUCAGGACUUGGUUGUACCACAGUCAUAUAUCCGGAAGCUGCUGCGUUCGCUGCAGCGCAGAUUCAUGCAAUGCACAAUCACUUGGUUUGGGCUCAUUUGCGAGUGAAACAACUCGACAACUUCUUAAGUUUGAAACGAGGGGACAGUAAAUUACGAAAGUCAUAAUUAAUUCAGUGCUUGAAACAAGCUUAACAUACACAGAAGAUGCCCAAUUUUUUGCACUUUCAAAAGUCUUAUCAACACAUGGUAAUGCAAUUGUAAAAAGAAUUAAGAAGUAUUCUUUUAUUUCAUAUUUGCAUUUUUGUUAAUUCACUUUGCUUAUAUUUUGAAUUUAUUUUAUAUAAAAUAAUCCUCACAAUUUUUUUCUUAAUAUUAUAUGCAAUUUUAUAUGUGCCAUGCAUCAUAGAU